GGGAGAGGGAGAGAGGAGAGGGAGCACAAUAGUAAGCACACUUCGAGAGCUACCCCUCCAUUUGGCCUUCUCUCUAGCCCAAUAAGUAUUAGUGGUGCCAUUUUAGUACCUACCGAUAAGGAUUUGCAUUCCUUCCUUAUUUAUUACCAGGUCAAUGUCUGCAUGCAUGUCUUGUGAUCAUGCAUGUCAUGUGAUAUACAGCUGGCAUCACGUGUAAAGACAUUGACCAACCUCUUGCAAGAACUUCUAGGUCAAACACUGAAUGCAGACUCAACUUACUAGUGGCCUUU